GAGGGGGCGCCGGAGAAGCAUGGCGGACCUCGCUGCGCUCCCGUCUCCACGGCAGCGGCUGGACACGUGUUUGGAGCUUCUGGGCGCCGCCGCGGGUCGCCCCCAGCAGUUCCUCAGUGUCCAGGAUGGCCUUGCUGCUGACUUCGUCGCCUUGACCAAAGCGCUGUACGAUUUCCACCACGCCCUCCGAGGAGAAGCUGUGGCUGGAAGCCCUUUAGAAGAGCUGGUGGUGGAGAACUUCGAUGAGGAACAGAUCUGGCAACAACUGGAACUCCAGAACCAUGCCGUCCUGGGGUCCUUGAAGAAAGCGGUUGCUAGAAACGUGGAGGAUGAGGGAAAGGGGGUGCUUUCCCUUCUCCCAGACAUUGAGGAGGAGGAGGAGGCAGAAGAUGGCGAGGAGGAGAUGGAUUUGGAGGACCAGGCAGAAAAGGAAUCCAGCUGCAGCAGUGGUCACAGUGAAGAAGAAGAGGAGGAGGAGCUUGACCAAAAGAGAAGCAAUUUAGAAGCCUCCAAAACUGGUUUUUUCAGCGAUGAGGAUUCUGAGCUGGACUUUGACAUCGAUAAGUUAGAGAAGCAAAUCCAAAAGUCAAAGAACGUUAGGAAAAAGACGGGGACAGACUCCCUGGUGGACGACAGAUUUUUCAAACUCUCUGAGAUGGAGGCCGCAUUGGAGGCAGAGGAGAAAGAAGGAAACAGAGGUAGUGACAGCGAAGGAAUAGAUUAUUUCGAAGAGAUUCUCUCUGAAGAUGAGGAGGAGGAAGAGGAAUUUGGAACAAUGAAGAAGAAGGCGAUUAAAAGUGCUCGCGAUCUUAAAUAUCAAGAUUACUUUGAUCCUGUGGAUGAGAGCAGCGGUCCCCUGGAUGAAGAGGACCGAAAUAGCCAGAGUGGAGAAGGCGGAGAAGAGGAAGAAGAGGAAGAGGAAGAAGGCAGUGUUGAGAGUACUCCCGAGAGCGCCGAGGUCUUGGGUGAAACGAGACAGAUCGAAUGUGGAAAAAGCAAAGACCUCUCAAAAAGAGUGACCUUCUCCUUGCCCUUUGACAGCGACGUGGAAGAGGAAGCUGACCCACUCCAGGGAAAAUCUAACAAGCCCCCUGAAAUGAAAUCGUCCUUUGAGAAAAGACAGGAAAAGAUGAGCGAGAAAAUAAAAUCCCUCGAAGAGGAGCUGCUGAAGGAGAAGCCGUGGCAACUGAAAGGCGAAAUUGCGGGACAGAGGAGGCCCGAGAACAGCCUCCUGCAGGAGAUGCUGCUGUUUGACCAUGCCGUCCGAAUGGCUCCUAUGGUCACAGAAGAAACAACUCUUGAGCUGGAAGAGAUUAUCAAGAGAAGGAUAAAAGAUCAAGCUUGGGACGAUGUUGUCCGUAAAGAAAAACCAAAAGAAGAUCCCUUUGAGUAUAAGAAGCGUUUGACUCUGGAUCAGGAGAAAAGCAAAUUGAGUCUUGCUGAAAUUUACGAGCAGGAAUAUUUGAAACUGAACCAGAAAAAAACUGAAGAGGAAGAAAAACCCGAGCAUGUCGAAAUACAGAAAAUGAUGGACUCUCUCUUUGUCAAACUGGAUGCCCUGUCCAACUUCCACUUCAUGCCGAAACCGCCCGUUCCGGAAGUUAAAGUCGUCUCCAACCUCCCAGCGAUAACCAUGGAAGAGGUUGCCCCGGUGCACAUUAGCGAUGCUGCCCUUCUGGCACCUGAAGAAAUCAAGAAGAAGAACAAAGGGGGCGAUGUGAAAACGGACGCAGAGAAGACCCCCGCGGAUAAAAAACGGGAUCGUCGGAAAAAGAAGCUGGUGAAACGCAUGAGGCUGAAGGAGAGGGAGAGGAGGCAGAAGCUCCUGGAGAAGAAAUCAGAAGCCAGUGCCAAGCUCAGCAAAAAAGGCUCCGAGGCCCAGCUGGAAAAGUUGACCAAGGAAAGGGGCACCUCGUUGCUUAAGGAUGACGGCCGAGAGAAAGCUUUGAAGUCUUCCAAGGCUUUCUUUUCUCAGUUACAAGAUCAAGUGAAAAUGCAAAUUCGGGAGACAAAGAAAAGCCAGAAGAGACCAAAGAAGCAGGAACUCUCUGCCCAGAAGCUAAAGCUGUGAUAAAUUAUGCAUGCUUUGUUUUGUAUAAAUUAGAAUAAGGGUUGGGUUAUUAUCUUUUCUUAAUUUAAAACUGUGCUUUGAAUUAAACUCUGUUGAUAAGCA